GCAAUUCAAGGUACCAGUUGGGUUCAAUCUUUCAAGAUUUCACAGAUACUUAACUGGAUGGAAACUCGUCAUAGUUCUCAGAUGUCACCUUAUGAUUAUGCCAGGCGACAAGAAUUAACUGUUAAAGAACACGGUAGAAUAGAAGCUGAAAGAUAUUUUGAGAGUUUAACAAGCACUGUUUCGCUGAAAGCUGCUUCCCUCCCUCUUCUUCAUUGUUAUGUUGAAGAAAGGUCCACUGAGAAGGCUGAAGCUUUCAUGCUAAAGAUAAGCAAGUUGGGACUUGCUCUGAGCCCUCAUCCGUUUAAUGAGAUGAUGAAGCUUUAUAAGGCCACAUCUCAGUACCAGAAAGUACCAUCAGUCAUCCUGCAAAUGAAACAAAACCGAAUAACUUUAAACGUCCUCUCCUAUAAUCUCUGGAUGGACGCAUGUGGGGAGCUCUCUGGGGUUGAAUCAGCAGAGAUGGUAUACAAAGAGAUGCUGAGUAACCAAAAUGUAGAAGUGGGAUGGAGCUCUUUAGCUACAUUAGCAAAUAUUUAUAAGAAAGCAGGACAGACGGACAAGGCAGUUUUGGCCCUAAAAACUGCUGAAAAGAAAAUAUCCGACAGUAAUCACUAUCCUUACUUCUUUCUCAUUACGCAGUAUGCUUCUUUGAAUAACAAAGAUGGAGUAUAUCAGGUCUGGGAAGCUUCUAAAGCAGUAAAAUCCCAAAGAACUUGUGCCAAUUACAUGUGUAUUUUGUCGUCUUUGGUCAAGCUUGGUGACAUGAAAGAAGCCGGGAGAAUUUUUGUGGAAUGGGAGUCGCAAUGCAGGACAUAUGACAUUAGGGUCUCCAACAUACUUCUCAGUGGAUACAUGAGAAUUGGAUCAGUGGAAAAAACUGAAUCGUUACAUUAUCGCACAUUGGAGAAAGGUGGAUGUCCAAAUUCUAAAACCUGGGAGAUACUGGUGGAGGGAUGGAUAAGAAGUCAACAAAUGGAUAAAGCUAUUGAUGCCUUGAAAAGUGGUCUUGCUGCUCUAAAACAUUAUGAAUGGAGGCCAUCACCAAGUAUUGCUGUCGCAAUUUCAGAAUAUUUUGAAGAAACUAGAAAUUUUGAGAAGGCUAUGAAGUUUCUUACAACACUUAGACAUUUUGGUCUUGCUAAUUUGCAAGUGUACAAGUCAUUGCUUGGAAUGCAAACCUAAAGAGAAGAAAGUCCACUGUACAUCCUUGAAAUGAUGCAGAAUGAUGGAAUUGACAUGGAUGAUGAGACCUCUGCCAUCUAUGCAGGCAUUUUGCAUUGUGAGAACUGAAAACCCAUAGUGGUACUUUAAUUAUGCUUUAAAAGUUGACUUUUAGACCUGGGCAGAAGAUAGGUUAGUAUGCCGAGCAUGUUGCCUUGUAAGAGAACCGUUUUUAGUCACUUGGUGCUAACCUUGAUUCUGCGGCUUAAAAAUAUGAAGAGCACAGUCGAUGUAAUUUCUUGGAACUGCAUCCUGCAGCUACUGGUAAGUUUUUGUUUGAUUAAUCUACUCUCUUUUCUCAUGAUUCCCUUUGCACUUGGAAGUUGCAAUAUCAGUAACUCGGUAAAAGAUUAUGGCUUCUGCAUUUUCUAUUAUCUAGCCAGAGUGUAGAUUUAUUCUUCUAACUGUUGUUUUUAUGCUACUUGAAAAUUUGGGCAUUUGAUAUUCACGUAUAAAAUUCCAUAAAUGAU